AUGCCCUCCGCGCCCUCCGCACGUUCGUGCCCUCCGCGCCCUCCGCACGUUAGUACCCUCCGCGCCCUCCACGCCCUCACCGCGCGCCUAGCCCGGCCCCUCCCACUGUCGCGCCCUCCCCCUGCCCGUCGCGCCCUCCCCCCUGACCGUCGCGACCUCCCCCUGCCCGUCGCGCCCUCCCCCUGCCCGUCGCGCCCUCCCCCUCCCCGUCGCGUCGCCACCCCUCCCCUUCCCCUCCCCGUCGCGUCGCCUCCCCUCCUCCUGCCCGUCGCGUUCGCCUCCCCUCCUCCUGCUCGUCGCGUCGCCUCCCUUCCCCCUGCCCGUCGCGUCGCCUCCCUUCCCCCUGCCCGUCGCGUCGCCUCCCCUUCCCCUCCCCGUCGCGUCGCCUCCCCUCCUCCUGCCCGUCGCGUUCGCCUCCCCUCCUCCUGCCCGUCGCGUCGCCUCCCUUCCCCCUGGCCGUCGCGUCGCCUCCCCUCCUCCUGCCCGUCGCGUCGCCUCCCCUCCUCCUGCCCGUCGCGUUCGCCUCCCCUUCCCCUGCCCGUCGAGUCGCCUCCCUUCCCCCUGCCCGUCGCAUCCUCCUCCCGCCCAUUUUCACCGUCGCAUUCGGCCUCCCCGCCCCUCUCUCACUGUUCAUCACCUUAG